AUGGAUGAGAUUUUUUCGCGUAUCAUCGCUGACAAAGAAGCAUUCUUCGAGCAUCAGCAAAGAGGAGAUGACGAACUGACCUACGAACGAAAAAUGGAAAUCCUGAGAGCAUUAUCUUCUGAAAAAUUAUCAAUUUUUCUGACAAGGCAAAGUAUCAUAAAACAAGUGCGUGGACGUAAAGAAAACAAUAGAACAGAGAUGCGUAAUCUACGAUUCAAUGCGAUGCAGAAACUGUUGAAAGAAGGUGUUUUCUUCUCCGAUGCCAAAAUGAGAGAAAGGGAACCGUAUCUCUUUGACGCAAUGAUUGGAAAGUUCUUGAACGAAGAAGAACGGAUAGCUCAUGUUCGACCGACAGUUUCGCGAGAUAAGUCAGAAUUGACGUGGUCAGUUCUCAUGGACCGUUUAGAAGAUAGUAGCGAAAUCGCUGAGAGACGAAAUCUUCAAGAAAUGGAAUGGGAAGGCCCAAGAAAAGAUGACGGAGGUGAAGACCACAUUAGUCGAUUUAUGUCUCACGUAUCCAGCCAUACUGACUUCGUGCCAGAAGACGAAGGUGAUGACGAUCGCAAAGAUGAAGUCGAAGACGAAAUUGAAAUAAUGCGAAAAGAAAUGGAGCGUUUAUCCAAAAUAGAAGCCGACCAGUACGACGAACUCGGAGAAGAUGACACGCAGCAACUUCUACGUCAAGAGUUCGAGGCGUUCAUGCAGCAGAAGUUUUUAGCUGGAAAGGAUGCCCAAUUCUACGAUUAUUCCAAGUGUGAGCAAGAAGAAGAAACAUUAAUCGAUCCUAUUCGAGAACAUGAGGACGAAGAGCGGUGCGUGGAUCACUACCGAAAGUAUCCCGUCAACGACGCCAUGCACAAAAACGGAAACAACGGGCCAGCUGUAGACACAAAAUGGUUUUACCUGGGACCUGACAAAGAGAAAUAUGGUCCGUAUUUGUCAAAGGAUAUGAACUUCUGGUUGCAAGCUGGUUAUUUUACUAAUGAGCUUCAGUUGAAAACAGAAAACGAGCAGAACUAUCACACCCUCGGAGAGUGGACACAAAUUCUCGGAACUCCUCCAUUCCUCAACCCCGUUCACUCUCUGGAAGCUGUAGCUGCAGCCGCUCAGUGGCAACAACAGGUACGAGCUGCACCAGCUCCGAUGAUGGUGAUGCCGCCAGGACUUCAAAAUCAGUUCCCACCACAGCAGAUGAGACUGCAAUAUCCGCCGUUUGUUCCGAUGCCGUUCCUCCAUCAAAUGAAUCAAAAUGGACCACCAAUGCAUUCUCAGCCUCCCUCGGAACCAAUCGAUGCUGGUUCUUUGUCUCACACUCCUGAUUCAGAGAAUGAUGCGCGGUUAACCGAGCAAGCUCUUCAGCAGCCUCCAUCAUGGCUAGUCACACUUGGUUUAGCGGGACACGGUGCUAAGCCACACCAGUCGCAGUUUCAUCAAAUGCAUCAACUGACUAAGCAAAUGCAUCAUGUUAAUAUUGCCACCGAGCCAAUUGUAAUGAAGAAUGCCGAGUGCCAAACUGACCCAGUAAAGGUUGAGAUUUCAAAAACCAACGCUUCUCGUCUCCUCUCCGAAUUGUUGGGUCAAAUCGUUGUCAUCAACUGA